AGGGGGUGAAAAUGGCGCCCAGCUCGAAAUCGGAGCGGAAUAGCGGGGCAGGGAGCGGUGGUGGCGGCCCCGGGGGAACCGGGGGGAAGCGAGCAGCGGGGCGGCGGCGGGAGCACGUCCUCAAGCAGCUGGAGCGGGUCAAGAUCAGUGGGCAGCUCUCGCCUCGCCUCUUCCGGAAGCUGCCACCGAGGGUCUGUGUGUCACUCAAGAACAUCGUGGAUGAGGAUUUCCUCUAUGCAGGGCACAUCUUCCUGGGUUUUUCCAAGUGUGGCCGCUAUGUGCUGUCCUACACCAGCAGCAGCGGAGACGAUGACUUCUCCUUCUACAUCUAUCACCUCUACUGGUGGGAGUUCAACGUACACAGCAAGCUGAAGCUGGUCCGGCAGGUGCGGCUCUUCCAGGACGAGGAGAUCUACAGCGACCUGUACCUAACUGUGUGUGAGUGGCCCAGCGAUGCCUCCAAGGUCAUCGUCUUUGGCUUCAACACCCGCUCGCCCAACGGCACGCUCAUGAACAUGAUGAUGAUGAGCGAUGAGAACCACCGCGACAUCUACAUCAGCACUGUGGCCGUGCCACCAUCUGGCCGUUGUGCUGCCUGCCAGGACGCCAGCAGGGCGCACCCAGGGGACCCAGGCGCACAGUGCCUGCGACACGGCUUCAUGCUGCACACCAAGUACCAGGUGGUCUACCCGUUCCCCACCUUCCAGCCCGCCUUCCAGCUCAAGAAAGACCAGGUGGUGCUGCUGAACACCAGCUACUCCCUGGUGGCCUGUGCCGUCUCCGUGCACGCAGCAGGUGACAGUGGCUUCUGUCAGAUUCUGUAUGACCACACAGCCUCUCCAUCGCCCCCACCCAGCCCCCCGGGGCCCUGUAGCCCUGAGACACCCCCUACCCUCCCCAACCUCUGCCCCGAGGUGGCCCCAGCCCGUUCCUCUGGGGCCUCUGAGCCCUCACCUGCCAUCGCCAGAGCCAAGGAAUUCGUGGCUGACAUCUUCCGCAGAGCCAAGGAGGCCAAGGGCGGGACUGCUGAGGACACCCGGCCGCCCCCCUGCCCUGGGCCCUCAGGCAGCCGGUGCCGGCUGUCCUCAGAGGUCCCAGGCCUCUGUGGUGAGGCGGCGCCCAGGGACAGUCCUGCCAUGACACCUGCCCUGGAGCCUGGCUAUGUCAACUACACCAAGCUGUACUAUGUGCUGGAGUCCAGCGAGGGGACGGAGCCUGAGGAUGAGUUUGAGGACGACAAGAUCUCCCUGCCCUUCGUGGUAACUGACCUCCGCGGCCGCAACCUUCGUCCCAUGCGGGAGCAAACUGCUGUGCAGAGCCAGUACCUGACGGUGGAGCAGCUCACACUGGACUUUGAGUACGUCAUCAACGAGGUCAUUCGCCAUGAUGCCACCUGGGGCCACCAGUUCUGCUCUUUUAGUGACUACGACAUCGUCAUUCUGGAGGUUUGCCCAGAGACCAACCAAGUCCUCAUCAACAUCGGCCUGCUGCUCCUGGCCUUCCCGUCCCCCACAGAGGAGGGCCAGCUCCGACCAAAGACCUAUCACACCAGCCUCAAGGUGGCGUGGGACCUCAACACGGGCAUCUUUGAGACAGUCAGCGUGGGUGACCUCACCGAGGUCAAGGGGCAGACAAGUGGCAGUGUCUGGAGCUCGUACCGAAAGGGCUGUGUGGACAUGGUCAUGAAGUGGCUGGUGCCUGAGAGCAGUGGCCGCUAUGUCAACAGGAUGACCAACGAGUCACUGCACAAAGUGGCUCAUGGCCGGGCCUUCACACAGGGUGCUCGCUGAAGGUGCUGGCGGACAGUGAGCGGUACACGUGGAUCGUGCUGUGAGGGCCCAGCCGCCCGGACACUGAUGCCAACUACCUCCGCAGCUGGAGCUGGCCGCCCCCGUGUUGGCCUCUGCCCGACUGGUGGCCCGAGACGAUGGCAGUAGUGUUGGGCUGCAGGAAGGGCUGGGUGGCCAGCCCAGCAGCCGGAGAGUCUGGACGCUUUUUUAUUUAUGCCUAUUUAAGAUGCGAAGGGGCAGAGGGGGAGCCCUGCCCCCCACCCUGGAGUGCCCCUUUCCUGGGCGCUGGUGCCAGUGGGACCCGCGGGGAGAUGAAUAGUCCUGGCCUCCUGAGCCCUGCCCACCCAGCCUCACC